AUGGUCCGACAUAAGAAGGACAAUUUCUCAUCCAAGUCUAAGAAAUUCUCGAGCGGCGCCUCUCGCCACACCCCUCGCGGCAAGCCUCCCUCUAGCGAUGUCUCGUACAUUAACGAAGAUGGUAACACCGAUGGUGCCGCUUCCGACACAAAGCAAUCAGUCAAGCCUCCUUUCAAAGCCGCCUGCUGGGACUUCAACCACUGCGACGCCAAGCGCUGCAGUGGGAAACGCCUCAUGCAUUUUGGCCUGAUGCGCGAACUCGCCAUCGGCCAGAAAUCUGCCGGCGUCGUCAUCUCGCCCAACGCCAAGAAAGUGGUGUCGCCAGCGGAUCGCGAGGUGUUGGAGCAGCACGGCGCUGCGGUUGUCGAGUGCAGCUGGGUACGAGUCAAGGAGGUGCCGUGGGCACGGAUUGGUGGCAAAUGUGAGCGGCUGCUACCGUACCUGGUGGCGGCGAACCCUGUCAACUACGGCCGGCCGUGGAGGCUGAAUUGUGUUGAGGCGCUGGCUGCCUGUUUCAUGAUCUGUGGGAAGAACGAGUGGGCUGAGACGGUAUUGCAGCAUUUCUCGUACGGACAGCCGUUUUUGGAGAUCAACAGCCAAUUAUUCGAGAGGUAUCAGAAGUGCAAGGAUGAGGACGAGGUCAAGAAGGCGGAGGAGAUGUGGUUAAAGAAAUUAGAAAGAGAGUAUGCGAAGAAUAGGGGAAAGGAAGGGGAGGAACAGGAUGCGUGGGCAGGCGGAAAUUUGAAUCGGAUGGAAGUUGAAGACGAGAGCGAAGACGACGAUGAGGACGACGAGGACGAGGACGAGGAAGCGGCUUUUGGCCAGCAAGGUGUCAUGUUGGAUUUACCUCCUGAUGAGGAGGAUGAGGAAGAGGAGGCCCAGAUGGCGGAGAUCAGGCGCAAGAUCCUGGCUUCAAAACCCUUCCAGGACCCGGGUGCUGCAGAAAAGGUCGCAAAGAGCGAGCCUGUGGCCAGUGCAGGCGACGAUGCGAUCUUCAAGAGUGAGCCGCCGUUGGUCGAUUCGGACGCUGAAUCUGGCUCGGAUGAGGAUUUUGAUGAUUUUGACACCGUCGCAAAUGCAACACCAGUCACCGACAAGACUGGAAUAGUUGCUCGCGAAAGAGCGAAGAAGCUAGAGCUCGCAAGUGCGUCCUUUCAGCGAGAGGUAUUGUCGGCACCCAAGCGUCGAUAG